CUCGCCCGUCAUGUUACCGCCUUCCUUUUCCUCCAUAACCAACACAGGCACAAGCACAAUACGUGGAAUUGCGUAUGUCAGAGCCCACUAUUGAAAAGAAGGUCAUUCUCGUUACUGGCGCGACUGGUCGACAGGGAAGGUCCUUCAUCAACGCGCUGACGGCUUCAACAGACUCGGGUCCCCGCUACCAUGUCCUCGCUCUGACUCGGAACUCAAAACAGCCCAGUGCUAAAGGUAUUACCUCAGAACAUGUCGCAGUCGUUCAAGGCAACCUCGAUGCUCCCGAAUCCAUACGAAAAAUAUUCGAAAAUCAAAAGAACGAAGGUCAAGCUAUUUGGGGUGUAUUCUGCGUACUUGCAUUUCCUGGACUCGGUGUGAACGCAGAUGGGGAAGAGAAGCAGGGAAAGAUGAUGGCAGACCUUUCGUUGGAGUUCGGGAUUUCGUUUUUCGUUUUUUCAUCUGUGGAACGGGGCGGAGAAGGUGCAGACGAUACGAUGAUGGAUGACCGCUUAGCAAAGAUACGGAUUGAGAACCAUGUGAAGCAGCUGGGAACGAAAGGAUUGAAGUGGUCGAUCCUCCGGCCUGGAUUCUUCAUGGAAAACUACGAGGGAACCUUGGGUGCAAUAACGUUCGGUGUACUGAAGGCUGGGUUAAAACCAACUACGACGGUUCAGUUGAUUGCCAUUGACGACAUUGGUCACGUCGCUGCGGGCAUUUUCAACGAUGCAUCUUCGUUCGAAUCCCAGGUUGUAGUCGUGGUCGGUGAUAUUUGCGAUACCUUGCAACAGGAGAAGGCUUAUCAGGAUGUCGUUGGGCGGCCAAUGCCGUCCAUUCCCGCAUUGCUUGCCCGAGCGCUCAUAUCCCUGAAUAGCCAAACUAAAGGCCUCAUCUUUGAUAUGGAGCGGGUACAUAGCGCUCGAAGUUCUGAGACUGCUGGAGGGGAAUAUUAUAUGCAACUUGAUAGAGCAAAGCGGGCAUACCCUCAUAUGAAAUCUUUUGCAGAAUGGUGUCGGUCUCGCGAGGAUAGAAGGACGUCUAGGAGAGAGAAGAAUUGGAAUGGUGUUUCCCUGGGCAAGUUACUUAAGGGAAGACAGUAGUGCUCUGUUUCGGGUGAUGACCCUUGGAGUAAUAUCCCAUGGUAUUCUUCCUUUUCUUAUUAUGUAUUACCUUCUACUAUAUAUACCUUGAAAAAUUAUCUAUUUACAAGUACAUCCUUGGCUUUGAC